AUGGAGUGGCAGACAGAUGUCUCGACCUUCCGCGUCUCGCCCAGCACUGCCCAACUGCUCGCGGACCGCGGCUUCAAGUACCUGCGACCCAUUCAGGCGCGCACGUUCGACCACAUCUACGACGGCCGGGACGUCGUCGCCCGCGCCCGCACCGGCAGCGGCAAGACCCUGGCCCUCGUCCUGCCCAUCGCCCAGCGACUGCUGCUGUACUGCAGCGACCCCAUCACCAUUAGCACCACCCGCAGCCAGGCCGGACCCAAAGUGGUCUGCCUCUCGCCCACCCGCGAGCUCGCCAGUGAGAUCGCCCGGGAGUUCGCGCUGGUGGCACCCGGCCUACGGGUGGUCUGCGUCACCGGCGGCGAUCCCCUGGAAGAGGCUGAUCAUGUGAGCGCCGCCGACGUUGUCGUGGGCACGCCCCGACGGGCUCGAAUGAUUGUCGACAACGGCCAGCAGCUGGCCGAGGUGCGGGUGGUGGCGGUGGACGAGGCCGACCAGAUGCUCGAUCUUGGCUUGGGCGACGAGCUCGACCGCAUACUGGCCGCCCUGCCCGAGGCGGGGCAGCGACAGACGCUCUUCUUCACCGCCACCCUGCCGUCGGGCCUGCGCGACUUGGCCCGGAAGCACAUGCGCUCCUCGGAGCUCGUCACGGUCGACCUGGUGAUUGAAGAGGAGAGUAGAGGGCCGAAUGUAGAGGCGCGCCCGAGCGGGCUGCACGGCCGCGGCCUGUUCGCGGCGCGGCACCUGCCGGCGCUGACCAAGGUGGCGACCUACGGCGGCCAGCCCAAGCCGCCGGGUCAGGUCAUGCGGCGGCGGCGCGCCCCGAGCACCACGAGCGAAGAAAAUGCCGCAGCGGAGUGGGAAGAGCUCCCACCGAGCGCGGUAAUCGCCAAGGCCCGAUAUCUCAUCAACUCCUACGACGACGAGUGGGUGCUCGAUCCUACAGAUGAGGAGGGACAGGUAAUGCCCGAGUGGGACGUGCCACGCUUCUUGGCGCACUGCGUCAACGAACCACCUGCGCCUCCCAUUGCGCACUACCACGAAGACUCGCUCGAAGGUGACGACGAGGACCAGCUGCGCUACUUCCCCAAUGCCUGUUUCGUGCAGAACCACCACACGCGACAGACAGAGGUGUGGACCCUCCGCGCGGUCCCGCCAGGCCAGGAGAUCUACGCCUACUACGGCGGCGGGGUCUACCGCGACUACGACCUGCACCCACGCCUCCUUCAAGUGCGCAACAUCGGAUUGGUGGUGGACCAAGAGGGCACGGUGUGCACGGUCCAGUUUGAUGGCCACGAGUAUGCCACCGGCACCGGCGCCAUUCAGCAACGAGACACGCUGGUCGCACUCGCCGGCGCCGUGGCCGAGACGCCCGGGGCUCGCGUCUGGCUGUCCGAACUGUUGGCCGCACUGCCUGCCCCAAGAAGACACAAAAGGAAUGGACGCGUCGAUGGUUGGUUAGAUAUAAUCUAA